AUGAAGGUCUUCACAAACAAGGACACUUUCAACUACUCAUGGGAGGAGGUCUCGACGGCAAACUGGAGGAAAUACUGCCCGUGGAACGACAAGUCGACGCACGUCAUCGCCGUCGACACCAUCUCGCGGUCCGUCGACGCUAAGACUGGAAUCCUGCGCACCGAAAGGCUCAUCACCUGCCGUCAAAAUGCCCCCGACUGGGUGUGCAAGGUGCUUGGGGCCAGCAACGGCGAGUCGCUCAUGUACGAGGUGUCGUACGUUGAUGCGGCGCACAAAAAGGUCACCAUGGUCUCGCAGAACAUGACGUGGUCAAACCUCAUCAACGUCCAGGAGACGGUCGUCUAUAGCCCGCUCAACGACAAGCAAACCCAGUUUGUGCAGGAUGCCAAGAUCACCGCCUUGUGCGGCGGCUGGCAGAAGAUCAAGAACUCGAUCGAGGACGCCAUCGUCACUCGCUUCCGUGAGAACGCCGCCAAGGGACGUGAGGGCUUCGAGUCGGUCCUGGCCAUGAGCAGGCGCGUCUUUGCCGAGGAGAGGGCCCGUCAGGUUGUCAUGCCUCAAUGA